CAGCUAGUGGCGUUCUGUUACUUUCUUUGUUGGACCCGUCCUGGAGUAGGUGACUUCUGGGUACCCAUCUGACUCUGUCUGCUGCUAAGCUCCCUGGUCACUGUUCCAUCGCCCUCCGGCAAUUCCCCAUAGUGACGUGCUUAGAGAUGGUAAUGUCUGGGUAGAGGUUGGUGUCUCUUGAAUAGCUUCUGGUGUCUGUCUCUCAGGCAUGCCGUAAAACAGGCAAAAAGCCUCUCUGGUUCACAAGUGUUGCUGGGGGUUACGGAUUGUCUGGGCCCAUAGUGUGGUGAGGUCAUAAUCACAUGGUCUAAUGCCCAUGGCUGAGCAGGGUUGGGGGCCGGUGAGUUGAAUGAAGCUUGUGGCGAUUACUACUUCCUGGGCAUCCCGAAGUUGAUUGUGCUUCGUUAACCAUCGUUUAACCUUUUUUACGCUACCUCUUGCACAACAAUGGGGACUUAAGACACUAGUCAGUCAGGGUUGGGCAGUACCGAGGCCAUAUUUCAGGUGUGUCACUGCAAGUUUAGCUGCUUGGCAGAAGCCCCAGUGAGAUCGGUAUCUCAUGGGGGGGAAGUCAAGGCUCCGGAGAGCUCGGAAUACCUCAUGAUUCUGGAUCCAAGUCACAGAGCUGAUGACCCCGACCCAUGAGGUGAGGUAACUGGGAAAGAACAGGGAAACUAGCUCUUAGUCCCCCCCCCACCCCUUAUCUAGCCCCAUUGCCCGUAAAAUCUGAGCACCUCCCAGGCAUUAAUAUAUUUUCUCUCAUGACCCCCCUCGUGAGGGAGGAGAGUGCCAUUAUCCCCAUUGUACAGAUGGGGAAAAUGGAGGCACAAAGCAGCUAAGUGCUUGCAUAGCAGCGCAUCACUCAGGGGUUCUUUCUGAGUCUGUAUAGUGGCCUUCCUCUUGCCACCCUCCUCCUUAAAGCUGUCUCCGGUCCCAAGCUCUGGGAUCAAAGGAGGUUUAAAGUAGGAGGGAGGAGAAGAGCCUCUGACCCUCUCUGCAUGUUUGUGUUACACCCCAGAGAAACCUCAGACGACCUUUGGCCCCAUCUCUGAGACCAAUAUGACUCUGAAAUCCCUGCCGAAGAAGAUGAUGUUGAAACCCCUGCCAAAAAAGACCAGCGGGGAGUUAUCUGGCAUCCUCCUAGACAAGAAUAAGUGCAAAGCAGUAAAGAAUCUGACCAGGGACCAACUAGAAGCUUUCCACCAGGCCUACAGUUUCUUCAGUAAGGACGCAGAUGGCAGUAUUGACCUGCAAGGCUUGGAGACAACUGCAAAGAAGCUGGGGAUUAGUUUAACCGAACAAGAGGCCUAUGACGAGCUGUCAUAUGCUGAUGUGGACGGAGAUGGGAAAGUGAACUUCUCUGAUUUUCUGACCAUUGUCACCGACAACAAGCGCUUCAUCCAGGCUGUAGCCCCCGAGAAAGGCAGCCUGGAGGACUUUGAUUCCAUCGACGCCACGGGAAUCCUGCUCUUUGAGGUCCUGUCAAAGCUGGUGGAAAUGUCGGCUCUGCCCCGGAAGGCCAUGCUUGAAAUAGUCAGUUACUACCGGCAGAAGUUCCUGGCGUCCACUGGCAGGAGGGCCUGGAUAGAUGCUGGCAGCUUAAUGGACCAUGGGAAGGGGCUCCACACGCUCCGAAAAGCCCCAACUCCUCAGAGAGGCAGAGUCACUCCUAUGUCUGCCUUUGCGGGUGCUGCCCGCAUCUCAGUGAUGAAUGACAAAGAGCUGGAAGCCUACGUGGAAACCCUCAGGGCAAGCAGUGUCCCCUCCGACAGUCCUUAUGCUCAGGUACCCAUCUUCCCAUUGCUUCCCAACCGGGAUGGAAUGACAAUACCGAAGCCAAAAAAAGACUUGCAGAAGCUGGAGAUGCAGAGAAGGAAAGAGCCUAUAUCGUCGUUUGAAAACCAUUUUUUCCAUAAAAGAAACUGGCUGCGCGAGGCAACUGCGUUCAAACCUCCUGAUUACUUCAGAGACCGGAAAACCUCCCUUAGUCUCGGCCCUCACUUGAUGGAGAGGCGACACCGUUUGACUAUAGAAGACCUGCGUGAGAUACGACUAGAUGUGAAAAGGGUAACUGAAAUGUACAAGGAGGGGAUGGCACUCAAGGAGAGGAACAGGAUGCUGAGACUGUGGCGGAGGUUGCACGGUGGGCAGAUUGGGCUGGAAUCAGGGAACCACAGCUUCUACCACACUUUCUCCACCUACUCCUGGUCAUGGAACGCUCGCCAAGAGCUGGUGACACCCAAUGAACUUCAGCAGUACGAUAACAAACUGUACCGCAGAGAACAUUCCUCAGCCCGCUCCGAUGACAGCGAAGUCAAGGGUGGGAUAAGGAAAGGAAAAGAAAGGAAAUGAGAAGAAAGAGCCAUAUUGCUCCAUUUUCUUAACAUCACUGUUGACUACUGUCCUCCUUCACAUCCCAUUAUUUUUCCCUAUAACAGUCUCAGGCUCUUACACAGGUCACACUGUCUGAGGGUAGGAAAGAACUGUUUCCCCUUUGCAUACUGGCUAAUACGAUGAGAAUUAAAAGAGAAACAUGUUUUUCUUC